AGAUAUAGAUUUAGAUCUAGAAGAUCGACCUGUAGAAACCAAAAAUGGCUGAUGCUGAAAACCAUAAACUCUCAGUUAGAUGUAGAUUUACAUUUAGUUGUCUAAGUCUAGGUCUAUUCUUUUUAUCUUGAUUGAUAAGGAUCUAAAUGCAUGGUGAACGCCAAAAACUAAAGUAAUUCUUUAUAUUAAUGUUAGAGGCAUAAGUUUUUCCUGAGGUUGUUAUCUAAACUAUUCUAAAAAUGUGGCAUGAAGCAAGGAGACAAGAGAAGAAAAUUCGUGGCAUAAUGGUGGAUUACAAGAGAAGAGCUGACAGACGCAGGGAGUUCUAUGAAAAGAUUAAACAAGAUCCUGCUCAAUUUUUGCGAAUGUAUGGGCGACCUGCCAAAAUUCACCUUGAUCCAGCAGUUUCAUUAGCAGCAGAAGGACCACAAAGCAUGAUGCCAUGGCAAGGUGACACAGAGAACAUGAUAGAUCGUUUUGAUGUGCGAGCCAACUUAGAUCUUAUUCCUGAAUAUAAUGUCUUAAAGAAUCACAGGCCAGAGGUUGAGGAUGAUGAUGAAGAGAGACAAGCAAACUAUGAACGCUAUCGAACAUUAGUGGAAAAUGAAGCAGCAGGCUUGAGUGAAGAGCAAUGUCUGCACCAGAUUUAUCUUGAUGAACAUUUUGGCACUCUAAGCAAAGGCUCUGAGGAAGAGAAAAAAAAAAAUGCUGAUAAGAAAGCCGCCAUUGGUUUUGUCUAUGAAGACAGUACACCUGCUGACAAGGGAGAUGGGAACAUUGAAAGUGAGAAUGAAGAAAGUGAAGAGGAUUUAGAAACUGCAGACUUGGAUGUGACUAUAGACGUUGAUUCCCUGACACCAGAUCAAAGAAAGGAAGUCAACUUAUGUGCUACACAGUAUGGUAUGAAAGAUGAUGACUUUAGCAGACUUCUGAGAAAAGAUAAAGAAGAACUAGAAGCCUUGCGGGAAGCCAAACAGUUGGAAGAAGCCAAAGCUCAAUUUUCAGGAAGAAAAUCAAGACGAGAGCGUAGAGCUAUAAAUGAGAGGCGUCAAAAUCCUCAGAGAUUUAGUCGGCCAAGUUAUGCAGCAAGGGAAAGCCCCAAGUAUGAACCUUAUAAGAGGCCAGGCUCCUCGUCAAGGUCUAGAUCAAGGUCAAGGUCAUCCGAACCAGCUCCAGUUACAUUCAUUACCAGUUUUGGAGCAGACAGUGAUGAUGAGGCUGUCGUUCAAGGGCCGUCACUGCCAGCAUCUAACAAAUCAUCAUCUCAGAAAGGAAAACCAUCCCCUCAAUCUUCUAAGUGUGAGACUCCAUGGUUACGUCGGCGCAGCUCAAGUCGUAACAAAAGUAGAAGCAGAUCUGCGAGAUCCUCUUCACGAUCAAGUUCGAGGUCUCGGUCAGGCCGCAGGCGUAGAAGAAGCAGCAGUAAAUCCAGUGUGUCUUCCAGUAAGUCAAGGACGAGGUCACGGUCAAGGUCCUGCUCCCCUGUUAAAUCUGGAAGCAGUAAAACUUCUUUGGCCAGAAGGAGUAACGGUAGAAAUAAUUCAAAUUUGUCUCGAAGGGUCCACAGGUCUCAUAGUCACAGUAUGUCAAGGUCAAGAAGUAGGUCACGGUCAAGAACUUCUCAUUCAAAAUCAAGCAGAAGAUCUAGCAGUCCAACCAAAAAGGUAGCCAUUAAACGCUAUAGACGAGACAGUCUGUCAUCAUCUUCUGAGCUGAGUGGCUUAGAGUCAGAUGAAGACUCCAAAAUGACGUCCUCGUCCUCAUCUGUGACAGCAGCGAAGUUGAAAGCACCACUUAGUAGAGAUGUUGAUAUAAAAGCUGAUUUAAAGAGUGGUAAAAUAAGCAGCAAACCUCUUCAUAUUCAAUCCUCUACCAAUGUUCGAGAGACUCCUCAAGAAAGGCUUAAAAGGAGAAUGCAGGCUCAGAUAUCCAGACAAUUUAAAGCUGAUAAAAAGGCAGAGAUCACCAAAAUCACCAAACAAGAACAAGAAAGACUGGACAGAGAAGAAGAAAUCAGAAAUUUGGCUUUUGAGAUGAGACGCAGGGAGAGGGAGAAACGACACAGAGAAAAGGAAGAAGAAGAGCGUGAGAGGCGAGCCAGAAGACACAGCAGACACCAGAGUAGCCGCAGCAGUAGUGGCAGCAGCAGCAGGAAAAAUAGCAAGUCCAGCAGUCGUAGCCCUAUCAAGAGCCGAAGCCCAGUCAAAAGUAAGAGCCCCGAGAGAAAAAGAGAUGACAAAGAUGACAGGAGGAGGAUGGGAAAAUAUGAAGAGCGGAGGAGAUCAGGGGUGUCGUCUCCGGUUUCCUCGUCCUCAGAAGAUCGGAAAAGGCCGGAAGAUAGAAAGUGGGAUGGCAGGCGGGAGCACAGCAGGUGGGAUGGUGAUGGUGACCGGUCUGGAAGGUCAAGAGGUAGCAGCAUCCGAAGUACUGGUCGCUGGAAUGGAGAUUCUGGCUCUUGUGAUAACUGGGGCUCAGACGGUCAUGGAUGGGAAAGAAAAGUGCAAAGCUGGGGGGAUAACUCAUUUCAAUCAAGGCCUCCAAUGAGCUCAAGGGCUCGCCCUCCUCUUCUCAAGAGACCAACAUCCCCCUUGAUGUCAAGGCCCCGUCCUCCGAAUGACCCUCGACUCAUGGAGGAACCGAUGGAUUUUUCAUAAACUGGAAUAAACUGCUUUAUAAAUCUGUGCUUAGCAUAGGUGCAUGGAAACGUAUUGAUGACAUUGCUCUAGUUCUGUUGAAGCACUUGGCAUGAACAAUUGACGUCUGCUGGUUGUUGCUGCUCUGAAACCUUGUCUGCUAAAGUGUGUGUUCCAGUGACUCAACUGAGGCUGGAUGAAUGACUUUAAACCAAGCUUUUUUUUUUUUUAUUGUUGUUAUUUCCACUAAAACUUGCUUGCAUUGUGAAAAUGAAGUGGUCAUGAAGUUGACAGUUUGAUUCAUUUCUGUAGUGUUCAGGGGUUGAGUUGUGCACUUGAUAAGCUUUUUGUAUACAUUUUUUUGGGGGCUAACCUGUCAAGAUCUCAGAGAUAAAAUUAUGUAUCUUGACAUGUCUGCUGUAAUCCUUUUCUUAAAGUUUCUCUUAAUUUUGAUUAAGAUUUUACUCAGCAACCCACUGUUGGAUGAAAAUGUCAAUCUUAGGUGAAUUAAUUUUAAGCUGAAUUGAAAAAAUGUUUUUUUUUUAUAGACUUACAGAAAAUCUAAUGGUUUCAAGGUUCAACAGAAGACUUUUGUUUGUACUGGACAAAUGAACUGCUGUUUAGAUUUUAGUGAUCAUUUUUUUAAAAUAAACUAUUUAGUUUAAAAUAUAUUUUAUUUACAAAGCUUAUAUUAAUUCACUCUAGCUCUAUCUGAUAAAAUGUUAGUGCUUUAUUCCCCCCCCCCCCCCCAUCUCAGAUCAAUCUGAAAUUUUGCACUAUUAUUUCUUUUACCUGACAAAACAAAAAUAAGUUUUAAAAAUUAACCAAUUAGUUAAUUAACUAUUGGUAAUUAGCUACUUUGUUUGGUAUCUCGAACAAGGGAAAGAAAUUGUAAUUUACUGAAGUGAUGGUAUAAGCUGAAUUAGCCUCCUUUAUACUUUGUAGAGAUAAAGCUUUGAAGUUUGAAACCAACAUAAAAUCUUCUAGUUUCAUAAGCACUUCCCUGGCACAGUGGUUAGUAUGUUGGCUUGAAGAGGCUGGAGGUCAUUCCAACCCUUUUUUUUUACCCAGAUAUUCCCUUCUUUCUCCCCCCACUCCCUUUUCCCACUGGUGCAGACCAGUCAUAGGAUCAUAGCAUAGUGAGAAAGCUAAAAGCAUGAAAUAGCGCUAAACAAAAACAAUUACUGAAAAGUAUUUCUAAUCUCACAGAUUUAUUAUUGUUAGUCUAGAUCAGUGAUGCCCAAAAUACUUCCCGAGGGUCAGAUCCGGCCUGCGACAUGGUUAUAUCCGGCCUGCCGAAAUGUUGACACAAAGUGGAGAAAAUCCCCUCCAAAAAAAAAAAGGUUGAAAAUUGUGUCUUUACCUACUUAGGACUCUUAUAUUUUCUCUGAUAUAUUGAUACCAUGACCUUCAACGUUUGUGAACAGAAACUGUAGAAUCUACCAGGAAAAGUGGGCGGAUCUUUACUAGUUUGCGGAACAUGAUAAUAAGCCUACAUCUUUGUUUUAUAAAGAAAGUGUGACUGUUUAAAAAAACAUAUAUAUCGGCAUUAUAAAAUAAUUAUGGUGGCAUUAUGGGUUUCAACCACGAAUAAAAGAUUGUUGAACUACAACUAGAGAUUUGAGGAUCGAUGUGACUAGUAACCAAAAAGAGACCUACACUGAUGCUCACGUUUUAAGUAGACAAAUGAAGUUAUUUUCUGACGCGUAAAAAAUAUUACCGUCAAAUAUCACAUGAAAUGAUGAAUGUAGCACUACGUCAGAACGGUUUUGGUAAAAUAGUUUCAGAACAAUAUCAUUUAGUUUUUGUAACUUUUCGGUCACGUGGCCUUGAAACGAGUGUUGGACAUUAAAAUGGCCCGCAGGUCGAAUUAGGUUGGGCAUCACUGGUCUAGAUCUAUUACAAAUGUAAUUACAUGACUGAUCCAAACUAUGCUUAGUAUAAGCUUUGUUUUUUUGUUUUUUUUCAAAAGUAUUUUUUAUGUUUUUCUUGCUUAAUGAAAUCUGUUUUUAUUUCUGCUCUCAAUGUUAGAAUAUUAUUUUAAAGCCUUACAAUUUGUUGUCCCUAAGGCUGAGAAUGCAUUAAACAUUGUUAAUGCCCUUUCUGUUAUCUAAAUAGAAAGAUUUUGUUUCUUGACUGAGUUUAGUACUCAAGUAUUGAAUGUACUAGUUCCACUAGCUACUGAACCUACAUGGCCAGUGUACUGAGUGGAAACACAGACUGUGUUGGUAAAAGAUGCUCUAGCAGUCUGCAUAGUAAAUCUACCGUAUCUAUUGAUUCUGUCUGUUAUCUGUUGUUUGUAUAUAACAUAUUAAACUAAUUUCACUUGUACAAA